AUGUCGAAGAAGAUCACCAACGUUGCACUCACAGGCGCGACCGGUAACGUGGGAUCGCCCAUCUUGACCAGCCUUAUGAAAGCUGGCUUCAAGGUUACUGUCAUCGCUCGAAAGGAGGGCCAAACGUUCCCCUUAGGCGUGUCUGUCAAAGUUGUCAACACCGACUUAGUCUCUGAGAUAACUGAGGCCCUUCAUGGUCAAGAUGCUGUUGUGGAUGCGACUUCUGGGCCCGAUCCCACUCUUUCGGGACGAAUCGUUGAAGCUGCUGCUUCCGCUCAAGUGUACCGUAUCAUCUUAGGCGAGUUUAGUGUCGAUCCUGAAGAUCUUGUUGCUCGCUCGCCACUAGUGUACCAUGGCAAGAACCAAGCUUUCCAGCAGGUCAAACAGCUGGCCGCUGAGGGAAAACUGACAUGGACUGCCGUAUCGAACGGGGCUUUCUUAGAUUGGAAUCUCCGGACUGGCUUCAUCAACAUUGAUAUUUAUGGCAAGAAGGUCCAAUACAUCAACGAUGGCAUGCUUCCGUUCCCCUGGACGAUGCUUUCUUCAGUCGGUGUCGCUGUUGCAAGCGCACUACAAAAGGCACAAGAGACGGAAAACCGCUGUUUAUACAUCUCUAGCGUGAUUAAGAGUCAGAAGCAGAUGAUGAACCUAGCGAAGGAGGUUUUGGGUAAUGAUGGGUGGGAGGAGACAAAGCAAGACAUGAACCAAAAAUUAAAGGACGCGACCGAGUCUAUGAUGGCUGGCAAAGUUGACCUCGGUGUCAUCGGUGAUAUGAUCCGAUGGUCUGCGGGUACAGUGCCUGCCCUGCGCUGGAAGCAGUUGGACGACAACAAGCUGUUAGGCGUCGAACGGCUGGAUGACGACGAGGUCCGCAAUUUAAUCCGGGAAGUCGCUUUGGAGAGCAAGUAG